AUCACCACCAUGGGUUCCUCACAACCGCUCGACGCCUCUCGACUGACAUAUACCUUCACAGCGACUCCACGCGAGGUACCAGACACCCAAACCCUGAGCAGCACCCAGAAGACAAUAUGCACCGACCACAUGAUCACCGCGUCCUGGAACGCCGAGCACGGCUGGUCCGCGCCGGAACUCAAGCCCUACGGCCUUCUGAGCCUUGACCCCAGCGCCUCGUGCCUGCACUACGCGUACGAAUGCUUCGAGGGCCUCAAGGCCUACCGCGGUGACGACGGGAGACUGCGAAUGUUCCGCACCGACCGCAACACCCGGCGCCUGCUGAUGUCCGCCCAGCGCAUCUCCCUCCCCGAGUUCGACCCGGACGAGCUCGAGAAGCUCGUCUACACAUUGCUCUCCGUCGACGGGGCCAAAUGGCUUCCCCGAGAUCGCGCGGGCUCCUUUCUGUACGUGCGCCCGACCAUCAUCGGGACGGACGCGCAGCUCGGCGUCGCGCGGCCGACGGAGGCCCUCCUCUACAUCAUCGUCGGCUACAUGGCCCGCCUGGACACCCCGGCCGGCGGGAAACGCCUGCUCACCAACCCGGACGACACGGUGCGCUCGUGGGUUGGCGGGUUCGGGUAUGCGAAAGUGGGCGCCAACUAUGGGCCGGCCGUGCUGGCGACCCAGGAGGCCUUCCGGCAGGGAUACCAUCAGAUCCUGUGGCUGUAUGGGCCGGACGGAUCCUGCACGGAGGCCGGCGGGAGCAACUUCUUUGUGGUUUGGAAGCGUCCGGAGGAUGGGAAGAAAGAGCUUGUCACGGCCCCGUUGGAUGAUCGGCUGAUCCUGGAUGGGGUCACCCGCCGCAGUUGUCUGGAGUUGGUGAGAGAGCGGUUGAAGGGCGCGGUGGAGGUCUCGGAGCGGAAGUUCACCAUCGGGGAUCUUCUGGAGGCCGCGGCGGAGAACCGUCUUCUGGAGUCGUUUGCUGCUGGUACAGCGUGGUUCAUCACUCCCAUCUCGUUGAUUCACCACCGUCAACAAGACAUUCGCAUCCCAACUGGACCGGAUGGAGCACCCGGUGACAUUACGGGCAAGCUCAAGGAAUGGUUGGGGGAUAUGAUGUAUGGACGAGUAGAGCAUGAAUGGGCAAGAGUCGUGGCUGAGAGGGGAGAGAACAAUGCAUAG